AUGGUAGCAACUGGUGAGGUCAAUGACGCUUUUAUACCGUUGACUGGACUCAAGAGUGUCAAGGCCAUAGAAUAUGAUCCCGUCAGCAAGAAUCUCUAUUGGAUGGAUGACGACUCGCACGCGAUACGCCGCGUGCCAAUAUCGUACUCAACGACGUCGGCCAUCACCGACUCGCAGCCAGUGGUGACUGGACUGGCGCGGCCCGCGCACAUGGUGCUGGACGUGCUCGGCCGCGCCCUCUACUGGACCUGCCUCGACGGCGACUCCAUCAAUGCCACCUCACUCCUCAAUGCCACUCUGACAGGUGUCAUACUGCGCGGAGAGAAGAUGUUGCCGAGGCAUUUAGCGUUUCAUCAAACUAAAAGGGUGUUGGUGUGGAACGACGUGGGCGUGGGCGCGAUAAUGCGCGCGCACGCGGACGGCACGGGCCGCACGCAGCUGGCGGGCGCGCCCAACGCCACCGCGCUCGCGCUCGACCAGCCCUCCGCCACCGUCUACUGGGCCCUCGCGCGACAGAUACACGCCGUUAACCUCGACGGAAACAACAAGUCAGACUACUUACUAACAUUUCUUCACUUUUAAUCGAUAAAAUACUGUUUCUACAG